AAAAUGGUUUUGUUGAAUUCGACGAAUUUGUAGUGUUGAUGCGGAGAUGGCAUCAAAACACGGAAGCAGAUGGCGCUACAGCAUCGUCUUCCGUUUCUUCAAUAAGCAACGAGAAACAAUUGGAGGCAUUCAAAGUGUUUGAUAUGGAUGGAAAUGGUUUCAUAGAUAAACAUGAACUUCGAUACACUAUGCGAAGGUUGGGAGAAAAUUUAUCAGAAGAAGAUAUCAAAGAGAUGUUUAAAGAAGCUGAUCUAAAUGGUGAUGGAAUGAUCGAUUUCAAUGAAUUUACGAGACUGCUCCAUCACUUAGUACCGGAACCUGAAUAG